AUGAACCUUCUCCCUAGCUUUUCCAUUGAGACCUGGGCUCUCCUGAUUGCAGUGCUAUUUCUCCUGAUACUAUAUGGGAUCUGGCCAUUUGGUUUUUUCAAGAAAUUGGGUAUCCCUGGGCCAAAGCCAUUGCCUUUCUUUGGAACUUCCUUGGAGUAUCGUAAAGGUUUCUUGGCAUUUGACGCUACAUGCUAUGAGAAAUACGGGAAAAUCUGGGGGUUUUAUGAUGGCAGGCAACCUGUGCUGGCUGUCGCAGAUCCUACAAUAAUUAAAACCGUGCUGGUGAAAGAGUGCUUCACUACCUUUACCAACCGGAGGAAUUUAGGUCUAGUGGGAGUGCUGGAGUCGGCUGUCUCCCUAGCUGAGGAUGAGAAGUGGAAGAGAAUUCGUACCGUGCUCUCGCCAACCUUCACCAGUGGGAAGCUAAAGGAGAUGUUUCCCAUUAUCAAGCAUUACGGGGACGUUUUAGUGAGAAAUGUUCAGAAGAAAGCAGAAAAGGAUGAGCCCGUGGACGUUAAGGACAUCUUUGGAGCCUAUAGCAUGGAUGUUGUCACUAGCACUUCCUUCGGUGUGAACAUUGACUCCAUGAACAACCCCAAAGAUCCUUUUGUCAAGGAAAUCAAGAAGCUAGUGAAGUUUAACUUUUUUGACCCACUCUUCAUUUUGAUAUUUGUAUGCCCAUUCCUCAUUCCCCUUCUUAAGAAGAUGGAUGUGAAUUUUUUCCCCAAAGAUGCCAUAGAAUUCUUCACAAAGUCGAUCGCCAGAAUGAAGGAGGAACGUGAAAAAGAGGCCAAAGGGGGCCGAGUGGAUUUCCUGCAGCUGAUGAUCGAAUCCCAGAACUCUAACACUAGCCAUGAUAGCAAUGGAGUGACUCACACAUAUAAAGGCCUGACUGAUACUGAGAUUUUGGCACAAGCAUUUAUUUUCAUUUUUGCUGGAUAUGAGCCCACCAGCAACUCCCUUUGCUACCUAGCUUACAAACUGGCCACCCACCCUGAUGUGCAGCAAAAGCUGCAGGAGGAGAUAGACUCAGUUUUACCAAACAAGGCUCCUCUCACCUACAAUGCCCUGAUGCAGAUGGAGUAUCUCGACAUGUCAGUGAAUGAAAUCCUUAGGCUGUUUCCUCUUGGAGGACGACUUGAAAGGGUCUGCAAGAAAGAUGUAGAGAUAAAUGGACUGACCAUUCCAAAAGACACCGUGGUUAUGAUCCCACCCUCUGUUCUGCACCAUAUCCCAGAAUACUGGCCAGAACCAGAGGAGUUCAGACCGGAAAGGUUCAGUAAAGAGAACAAAGAGACUAUGGAUCCUUAUAUGUACCUGCCCUUUGGAGCUGGUCCCAGGAACUGCAUUGGAAUGAGGUUUGCUCUCCUCUCCAUGAAAGUUGCUAUCGCCAGUCUGCUGCAGAAUUUCACCUUCAAACCCUGCAAAGAAACCCAGAUCCCGCUCAAGCUGAAUUCCCAGGGAUUCAUAACACCUGAGAAACCUAUUGUUUUGAAGUUAGUCCCCAGAGCUUAUACCUCACACCCAGAGGAGUAA